AUUUCCUCUGCAGUGAAACGUGUAGGGAAAAAAGCAUUUGAAUCACUAAAUUCCAGGUGUAAUCAAGAGCUGUUGUCCAGGGCUGACCUCAGCUGGCCACCGAGAUACUCUUACCGCUUUCUGCCCCCCUCAACAGGACAAGGAGAAGGGAUGAAUAAAAGCUCGGGGGUUGUGGUAAGGACAGGGAAUCACUCACCGAUUACCAUUACAGUCAAAACAGUAAACUUAGGGGAAAUAUAUUGUCAGUCAAAUCAGAGUAGGGUAAUGAGAAAUAAAGCCAAAUCCUUAAAGCACCUUCCCUUCGCCCCGCCCUUCACUCCUGUUUUUCUUUAUGUCCUCCCCCCUUUCAAAAGUGCAGGCAGACAGGGAAUGGGGGUUGUAGUGAGUUCAUCGCGUGUUGUCUCAACCACUCUUCCUCCUUGCACUCUUUUUCUUCCCCAGGCUGUGGUCCCUCCCAUGGGAGACAGUUCUCCACAAAUUUCAACAGGAGUCCUUCCCACAGGCUGCAGUUCUCUAUGAACUCCUCUGGUGUGGAUCCCUUCCACAGGGGACUUCAAGAUGACAGGAAGAGAGUUUCUUGAACUAGAUUCUCCACAGCAAAGACUAAUUUUGGAAAGAUUUAAACGGAUGGAAAUCAUACAAAAGAUGUUCAAUGAGCUUCCUAAAGCAGAUCAGAACCUUUGUAAUCAUGGAAAAUACUUCCUAGCAGCAAAUUCAAGCUUAUGUGGCUUAGCAGCAAAUAAUUUCUUCAGGAGCAUCCUACAUGUCAGAAAGGCUUUCUUGGUGUCCGCUAUGCCAAUGGCUGUUAUUCCAUUUCUUUCAACAGCAGCAGUUUAUGAAGUUUUUGUGCAUGACCCUUUAUUUUCAGGUCAGCUGAACUGUGAGGUCUGUGCUGUGAUCAGAGGAGGAUUAGUAGGUGCUGUUGUGGGUGGUCUCUAUCCCAUUUUCUUGGCUAUCCCCUUGAAUGCAAGCCUUGCAGCCAGGUACAUGUCAACCCCCUUGCCAGGGAAAGAAAAUCUGUUACGCUACUGGCUCACAACUGCUCAGCCUGUCUUUAGAAAGAUGAGUCUGGGUAUACUGGUACAGGCUUUGACUGGAUUAUACCUUGCCACUAAACAGCACGGAAUAUAUAUCAAAAUGCUGCUGCAGAUGAACACUAGCAGGGAUCCUGAAGAGCUACCUGAAUGAAGUAAAGCAACUUUUCAAUUGCCUUGGAUAAGUAACCGUAAUAAACAAGGAAAA